CAAAUCCAGCGAGUGGACGACGCAACUUCCCAAAACAGCAGCUCCGUGCGGCGCGCUGCGAUGACGUCACGCAGCUCUCUUGACGACGACGACAACAAACAUGGAGGAAUAUGCCCGCGAGCCCUGUCCGUGGAGGAUAGUUGAUGACUGUGGAGGCGCUUUCACCAUGGGUGCAAUUGGAGGAGGGGUGUUCCAGACAAUCAAAGGCUUUCGUAACGCCCCUGCAGGUGUCGGACACCGACUGAGAGGGAGCACUAAUGCAGUGAGAGUAAGAGCUCCACAGAUUGGAGGAAGCUUUGCUGUGUGGGGAGGGCUCUUCUCCACAAUUGACUGUGGGCUGGUUCGCGUCAGAGGGAAAGAAGACCCGUGGAACUCUAUAACAAGUGGUGCGCUGACUGGAGCUAUCCUGGCAGCCCGCAGUGGGCCCUUAGCUAUGAUGGGCUCUGCCAUGAUGGGAGGAAUUUUGUUGGCUCUCAUUGAGGGUUUCGGGAUCCUCCUCACCAGAUAUACAGCCCAGCAGUUUCAGAAUCCGGUUCCCUUUGCAGACGACCCCAAUCAGUUACCUCCAAAAGAUGCAGCACAAGUUUCAGUAGAGAGCAGUAAGGAAUGAGACCAGCUGUGGACACAGUGAGUCAGACCAAAGAGUAGCAGGGACACCAAGAUACUACAGCAGGUAUCAGGUGGAGACACUGGUCACUACAGUGGUGUCAAGUAGUUGCACUACAGGUUUUAUACCUCAGGAAUAAAUUGCUGUGAGUUUUAGUUUUAAGUGAAUGUUAAUAUGAGUAAGGAUCCUUCUGACAAACCUCAUGUUUGCACCUGCAGCAUCUCAUGCAACGUUUUUUAGACAUCGGGGUUGUUGUCACUUUACUGUGACCUUUUUGGGUUAAAUGUGCAAUUCUGAAAUUUAUUUAUUGAAUCAGUUUGAUUACUCAACACUUGCGAACACUUGAUUAAAGAUUUUAGAACUGUUUUUAUAGAUUUAUUCAACUUUAAAGUUAUUGUUUAAAUGGCUACAAAAGUAGUAAUGUGAGUAGUAAAAACUACCUAUUUAUUCAAUGAGGUUUUACCAUGGAGAAUAGUAUUUUAGUACUAUCAUAGCAUUAUAUAGUAAAUCCCAUUUCUAGGGGGGAGGAUGAUGUUUGGCAGUGAAACUUUGCAAAAGGGAUUCUGAAGAAGUAGAUCCUGUGAACAUGUGAUGUUUAUUAACCUAUUAUGUGCGACAACAAAAUGGCAAAAAUGAACCCUGGGAAAUCCAACAAGACUAAAUAAUUCUACGGCAACAAAAUAACUUAAAUUGUGAAAUCUGCAGCCGCACAGCAAGCUGCCAACUCCUCUCCCCCCUACUCUACUGACUGGCAUUUACCACCUUAGCCCCAUCUGCCCUGGUGAGUAGAGGGUGAGCUAAGCAGGGAGAUAAGUAAAUAAAACCACUAUCAACAUUAUGAACACACAUUUAUUUUUGGAUUCUGGGUUAGUGCUGACCUCACAAUUUUAUCUAUAUGCAUAAAUACAUAAGAUAAAUGCAAUAACACAACGCAAAUGUCAUCUUAGGCAGCACAAUUCACUAAUCCUCUGGCACCUUGACUCUGCCCUGCCCCAAUCAUGCAAACCUGUUCUCACUCUGUGUGGUUGAACUGCUGGUCUGACCCAAAAUCCCAGAAUCAACGACAAAACACAGCAACAUCACAAACAUAUUAAAAAUGAAACUUAACCACAUCAUUGCUAAGAAACAAUACAACACACACCGCAAACUACAUUUAUAAUCAAUCAAUUUAGACAAACUGCAAAUAUUAAUGAAAUUACCUGAAAAAACUGUUUACAUAGGAAGAGAGGGCCUCGUGAAAAGUGGGAGAACGCAACCUUGUAUUCUGUGAGUCUAUGUGCAACUGAUAAAUGAGGAUGAGUUGCUAGAAACGAGUCACUGGCACAGUUCACUUUGCUUUUUGUCAUGCACCCGUCCUCUCUUCGAUCGCUGCAUUAUCAAUCAAGCACUUUUUAAAACUCCGUCUCUCUGCCCUCUUUAAGCGGCAGCAUCUGCCUCGACAGAGAGACGGUGCAGCACAAUCCAAUGUUUCGCUGUCAAACUAUGUAUAGAGAGAAUUUUUAUUUUGUGUAUCGUGUUAAUUUAUUCAUCGUGGAGAAGUUGAUACUAACAAUAAAGGCAUCACAUAUUCUUGAA